UAAUAACCCUCCGUUUCAACUUUCAAUUUUCAUAUCAUCAAAAUAUAUCAUUAAUUCAAAUACUAUCAACAAAACAACUUGUAACAGAUCUCAUAUUCAUCUGUUCAACUCGUUCAGUAGAUCAAAUGUCAUCAUUUUGUUCAAAAUCUAACCUAAAUUUCAGACGCAAAAUGACAGAGCUUCAGGUUCAGGUUCAGCCAUUGUUGAACGAGCAUGAAGACGAUGAAGAAUCUCAACAGCAGCAGCAGCAGCAGAUCGUUGUGGAGAAGAUUAGUAAUCGGAGAAUCGCUUCGCUAGAUGUUUUUCGCGGCUUAUCGAUCUUCCUUAUGGUGGUUGUGGAUUAUGCUGGCUCUAGUUUACCUAUCAUUGCCCAUGCCCCAUGGAAUGGUCUACACUUAGCAGACUUUGUCAUGCCUAUGUUUCUUUUUGCAGCUGGAGUAUCUCUUGCCAUCGUAUACAAUAAGAAAGUUCAAUGCCGAUACGAAGCCACGUGGAAAGCAAUAGUAAGAGCAGUGAAACUUUUUGUUCUUGGUGUUUUUCUUCAAGGUGGUUACCUACACGGGAUUACUUCUUUAACAUAUGGAGUUGACGUUGAAACAAUACGCCUGCUUGGAAUCCUACAGAGGAUAGCAAUUGGAUACAUUGUUGCCGCAGUGUGUGAAAUAUGGCUUCCUCGACAAACCUGGAAAAAAGAAGCAUUUUUAAGGAAUUACAUCUGGCACUGGUGUGCUGUAUUUUUCUUGUGUACCAUCUACAUCGGGUUGACAUAUGGCCAGUACGUUGCAGAUUGGCAGUUCAACGACUUGUAUACAUUUUCUUCUUUAGUUUCAGAAAAUGGAACCACUAUUCAUACUGUGAAAUGUUCGGUUAGAGGUGAUCUGGGCCCCGCCUGCAAUGCUGCGGGAAUGAUAGAUCGAUUUAUUCUUGGCAUUGAUCAUUUAUAUCAAAAGCCUGUUUACAGAAACAUGAAGGAAUGUAAUAUGUCUAAGGAUGGCCAACUUUCAGAAGCUUCCCCCUCAUGGUGCUAUGCCCCGUUUGAACCCGAAGGCAUUUUAAGUUCUUUAACAGCUUCUGUGGCCUGCAUAAUUGGACUCCAAUAUGGUCAUAUUUUGACCGAAUUACAGGGCCAUAAAGACCGACUUUGCAACUGGUCAUUCAUGUCAGUUUUGUUUCUGGUUAUUGGAUCCAUCCUUGCUCUUCUAGGUAUCCCUAUAAAUAAAUCUUUGUACACUAUUAGUUACAUGCUAGUAACCUCAGCAGCAGCAGGAAUCACAUUUUGUGCAUUAUAUCUACUAGUCGAUGUUUACGGAUGGAGACGUGUGGCAUUCGGAUUGGAAUGGAUGGGGAAACAUUCUCUAAGCAUAUUUAUUCUCGUUACAUCAAACUUAAUUGUGAUUGCACUUCAAGGAUUCUAUUGGAAAACUCCUCAUAAUAACAUGAUACACUGGAUUGUGUCACACGUUGUACAAAAGUAGCAUCUCUAAGUAACUUGUUUUACACACAGGCGAGUCUCUUUCCUAUACAUCAUUGACGCGGAACUAGUCUAUACGAACAACUCUUAGAUCAUGACAGGUGAAUCGUUAUCUAUAGUCUCGUUAUUCAUAGCUUUAAGAUGAGUCUCCAGAUAUAAUAUGGUAGACAAGUUUUGUGUAUUCUUUGAAUUAUAAAGAAACAACAAUUAUAAGAAAUUUUAUACGAGCUUCUCUUGGACCCUA